UAACAAUGGCAACUGUACCAGAUGCCCAGGUGGAUGUGAUGGGGAGUAUUGCCAGAUGGGUGGAACUUGUUUCUCUGGCUGCAAAGACUCAUACUACGGAGCAGGUUGUAGGACGUGUUCCAGCAGAUGUAAGUCCUGCAACAGGAUCACAGGAACAUGUGAGGAGUGUCAGCCUCCAUAUUCUGGACUGGACUGUAGAUCCUCGUGUGAGCACUGUGUCGGUGGAUGUGAGAGUGGCUGCCAACAGGGAUGCAGACAAGGAUUCUAUGGAGACAACUGUACUGAAGCAUGCAGUGACACCUGCCGAGCUGAUCCCUCCCUGUCUACUGAUGAACAAUGUCCUGAGGGAGACUCAUGUACCCCAGAGUGCCACAGCCAGACUGGCGAGUGUGUUCACGGUUGUGUAGAUGGCUGGUACGGCCCGAAGUGUUCAAGGCGAUGCAACUCUAACUGCACCCAUCAAAGGUGUAACCGCGCAGGUGCGUGUAUUGAAGGAUGUGCACCUGGACAUGUCAGGUCUGAUUGUGAACUGUGUCUGCUGCAAUGCGUCAACCUCACCUGUGCCUUAAACAACGGAUCUUGUUGCAAUGGUUGCAGCAGUAGUUUAUUGGUAGAAAGCUGCAACCUAUCUUGCAACGUAUGUCUGGAUGGUAUUGUUGGUAUGAACACAAGUGUGUGUAUACUUGUGAAGAAUAUCACUCACUACAUGUGUGGGUAUAACUGUACAAACAACGGCUCAUCACCUAGUUGUCCUGCCGGAUCUUGUGUUACAGACUCUUCACCAAUCAACACAGAGACUGUGAAGUACCUGGUGGUGUUUGUCAUCUGCAUCCUGGCAGCAAGUACAGUCGGCUACUGCUGCUACCGCAGAGGUCUCUCAACCAAAAUAGAAAAGAUGGGUCGGGAUGAUGAAGGUUCAGAUGAAGUUGAAGCACGCACCUGUCAACACAGUCUACGGGAUGAAGUGGGUGACCAAUCCUGGCAGCCACGUCAGUCGGAUCACAUUUACAGUGACAUCAAUGAAGGCGACAUGGGACCAGUUAUUGUAUUUCUAUAAUCCAACUCAACUCAGUGUUAGACUCAAUUCAUAGCAAUGAAAAAAAUAAUUUUGAAUUCAGACUGCAAUUCAAAUUUUAUCAUUUAUUUCGUUUACUAGUACCAUUUAUGAGAAUAACCACAUCUUACAUAUUGCCUAUGUUUGCAACCACAUUCACCCAAAAAUGUAUUUGUUAUCAUGAAAUAACUUUAUUCAUGAGGUUAUAAUACAUACAUUUACAAAAGGGCGAUAGCCUAGUGGUUAAACGGUUCGCUCGUCACGCCCAAGAGCAGGGGUUUGAA